GGUGUUGGCAAGCCGACAAUUAUUUGAAUAUAACUGAUUCUUUAUUAUAUGACUCUUAUAAGUACUAUACAUUGAGCACAAAUUUUCUCCACAUCAAAAUCCUCCACUGCUCACAUCGAGUGUUUGCUAACAUCGUUUUAUUACUCAUAUAACAGCUAGUACUAUCUGAAAGCCAAAAUAUGGACUCUUGCUCGUCAGAUCCCAUAGCUGAGUUAUUGACUACGUACAACGAACUCAAUCCAUCCACGGUCACCGUCUUGGAUGAGGCACCUUCUGCCCUUGAAUUUAUGCGCUUUGUCUCCUUGAACCGACCAUUCGUCGUCCGAGGAUUUGCUUUAGAUGUAUGAAAAUCCCUUUCCCAUUCUGCUUUAUUGUCCCAUUCACUAUCUAACGUACACGACUUUCUAACGUUGACUAUCAUUUGACGCAGUGGAAAGCAACAUCUACAUGGUCACUGACUCAUCUCAAAUCCACUCUCUCAUCACAUCAAGUGAACGUAGCAGUGACGCCCCAUGGAAAUGCUGAUUCUCCUACCCGGAAUGAUAAUGGAGACUUAGUCUUUGUAAAGCCAUGGGAGGAGUCUCAGCCGUUUCCUGAAUUCGUUGAUUUCGUCUCGCAGCAAGAAUUGCGCGGGAGAAAAGGAGAAGAGGUUCGCUAUGCUCAAACACGUGGGUAAUAUAUUUUACAGUCUGUCUAUCUGCUAGGCUAGCUACGCCUUGGACAAAAUGAAUCGCAGGUCCAAAUGAAACACCAAGCCAGCAUCUAGCCCGAAGAACCGUUUGAUGGUUAACUUGAAAUGGGACGCUGAAGUGUGUUCUGAUAUCUCGGCAUAACCGAUUUUGCUUUGCGGCUCUAUACAUCCAGUGCUAGCCUAUAAAUACACUUUACUGUUCUAACUGUAAGCAGAGAAUGAUAACCUUCGCCAUGAAUACUCGUCGCUGUUUACUGAUGUGGAGAAAGACAUAUCUUUCGCCAGGUUAGCACUUCAACAAGAUCCCGACGCCAUCAAUCUCGUGAGAACAAUCCAUCACUCCUUUCUUAGGACCAUAUCUUACAUGCUACUUAGUGGAUAGGCAACUCGCACUCCCUCACUUCCCUUCACAAAGACCCCUACCAGAACAUCUACGUCCAGAUUAUUGGACAAAAACAUUUCACUUUACUCCCCCCCAUGUUCCACCCCUGCAUCAACGAAGUGUCUCUUGACUCCAGCUCUUACAUCCGUUCUACUUCCAAUACCUCUAUCCUCACUAUGGAGCCAGACUCGCCCCCUACAGAAUUACCCAUUGCAAUCUGGGAUCCAGAUGUUCCAUCUAGAAACCCAACAAAAUACUCACUUCUAGCACAGCCGAUGCAUGUGACCCUGGAAAAGGGAGAUAUGUUAUAUCUACCCGCACUUUGGUAUCACAAGGUAGGACAAAGCUGUGGAGACGAGGGAAUUUGUGUUGCUGCUAAUUACUGGUAUGUCUUCAUCUUACUUCGAUAUGACCUUGUGUAUUUCUAUUUGAUGUGCCCGGGCGGAAGAGCAUUUUCACGUUUCUCUAAGAGAUAUCAUUUAGUUAUUUGAUAAUUUCGAGCGACACUUAUCUAUUUGGAAAUGGAGACUAUAGUAGCUAACGAAAGAUUGAGCUAACAAACGCUUUAAAGGUACGAUAUGGACUUUGGAGGAAGCUUUUGGCCUUUGUGUAAUUUCGUUCGAAAUGUCAGCUUACAAGAUGACGUGGAAACGAAGAGUACGGGAUAGCUUACGUAUAAGACAAAAAUUCUAAUUUCGAACAUUGCUAAUGGCCAUAGCAUUUCUUACGUUUCAAACAGCUAGAUGUUUAUAACAAUGUAUAAGCUGGAAGGAGAGUCGUUAAGAUGGUGAACCUAAGCAACAAACAUGACCGGAAUUGAGCUUUAAACGCCUCCGAACCAUGCUGGCCAGAUGCCAACCCAUUGUUCACCAACGGUAACAGUUACGCCCCUCUGCCACCACUUUUCCACAGUACUCGACUGUGGAAGGGAAGGUUUUCCCCAACGAAAGGAGAUUUUUAUCCUAAAUCAUGAGUUUAUCACAUGCGUCUGAUUUCCCAAUGCGA